AUGCCCCCUAAGCGAGUGAAGAGUGGGGGUGUAGGGGGGGCAGUGGGGGUGGUGGGGGGCAGAGGAUGGGACAGUGCUCUCUGUACUGCUGGGUUUGAGGAGGAGAGUUGGAAGGCCAGUGUGUGUCUGGUUGUUGCAAGCAGUGUUGAGGAUGAAGUGUGUGUGAACGCUCUAAAGCGGGCUGUGCAGCAACCGCUCAGAAAACUCUUCACACUACUGUCUUGGGAAAACACACUAGAGAAGAUCAAUGAGUUGGGUAACCCAAAAACUCGGAAGAUCAAAGAUCUCCCAAUGUAUUAUGAGGUGAUGGAGUUGGCGAGGUCAGAGCUGGACACUGGGGAGGAGCUGUCUGUGGAUCUGGUGGCAAAGCUGGUGAAGUUUCAGCUGCUGAACAUCAAGAACAGCGACCUCCAGAGGAGAGCUGCGGUUCAGGCAGCGGUGGAGGAGAAAGCUAAAGGAAGAGCAGCUCCAGCUUCUGCUGCUAAAGAUAAAACAGCUAAAGUCUCGGCUAAAGGAGAGAAGGCCAAGAAAGGUCUGGAAGCAGCGCCUGCUAAAGAGACCAAGCUGAAACGUAGAGGAGAGGAGGAGGAGACCACCAAAUAUAUUGAUGAUGAACCAGACGACGGUCCUCAACACUACAUCCUGAUGACGGGAUUCCAGCAGCCGCAGCUGAUCUCUGUGUUAGACUCUCUGGGAAUUCUGGUGUCCACCGUAAUCAGACUGAUAUCAGAUCCUCCUCAGGACCCUGCGGCUGCAGACAAGGAACAUGAAAGCUCUGAAGCCUUGAAAUCAGCUCAGGACUUGGACGUGUUCUGGACGAAGCUGGACACAGUGCUGAAUGUUGGUGGUGUCGGGUCCAGACUCCAUGAUGUAGCUAAACUCGAUUACAGAGUGGAGCGGAGUCUGUUGCCCACAGAUCCAGAGGACACUGUGGCAAUGCAAUCGCUUGGCGUGACUGUGUUUGAGGGCGUGGCCUGUUUGCUUUAUGACAGUUUGGAUUGGAGGAGGCACCACCAGCUCUACCUAAAUAGUAUGAAGCUCAUCCACGUCCCGAGGGUCGGCAGAGCGGACCGUCCCGAAGCCCCAGCAGAGGUUCCACUAACUCCAGCUCCACCAUCAGCUAAGAAGAAGCUCCCAGCAGAGGAGAAUACUGUGGAGGCAGAGCGUGUGGGCCUCAGUGCAGAGGUGGAUAUGAGGCUGUAUUCUGACCUUCUGAACCAGAUGCCAGCCAAGAUUGUCUCUGUUCCGCUCAUUCUGCACUGCAUGCUGGAACAGGUAGUAGCCUCAGACCAGGACAUUCCAGCAGAAUCAGCAGAUCCAGAACAGCCCUCUGAUUGGCCUGACGAUGAGCUGACCCACUACAUGCUUUCAUCAGUACUGACCCUGCCACAGCCGGAGCAGGAGAAAAAGAAGCUGAUGGAGGUGCUUGGAGUGGCAAAUGCCGGUCAGGAGAAGAGAGCGCAGACUCAGCCAGUACUGAUCCACCAUCAUAACAACAGAGCCAGGAGACUGCACGGCCUUACUGUGAUUGAUGAUCUGGAUGUAAAUAGUAUUGAAACAGAAAUGAUACAGAAGAUCCCAGUAUGGAAAACACUGACAGCCCAACAGAACCACAGCUCCAACCUCAGCCACAGUCUGGCCCGGAGACAAGAGCUUCUCCAUCACUGCUCUGAUGACUCACUGUCAGUUUCGGAGGUUCGGCGUUUGCUGCAGUUGUGUGUGUUUGAGAGCAUGCCUCUGACUACAGUAGAUCAGAAUGAUCAGCUCGUACGUCAGUCUGACCCGCUGACCCCACUGCCCUGGGACGACCCUGUGGCAUUCGCCCAGCAGAUCUACAGCCAACCAGGUGGUUGGCAGGAGGGGAACACAGCGAACAUGGAAGAGCUUCAGAAGAUGCUGACCCGGCGACUCAGACACUGGACCAUCACUGAACAUCAUGACCCACACAUCUUCCCCCAGGUUCUGCAGGCAGUGUCAGAGACUUACAGGUGUGUGGACACCUUCACCAGCAGCAGUGACGACACCAUCUUCACCAUCUCUCACAAUCCUAUGGGCCCUCAGAGGAGCAGCAGGGAAUGCUGGGAAGUGUGUCUUCAUACUGACAUCAGAUUCAGGAAUUAUCUGGAGCACGUUGCCGAGCGGGUCAGAGACUGGACCAGAGCUGAGGACCAGAAACAGCAGAACCUUAAACAGGAGAGAGAAAAGGAAAUACACACGCAGUCCCACACCUGCGGGACAAAAGACACUCCAGUACCCACUCCAGACCCGGAGCAGAUUGAGCCAUAUAUCAGACAUGACUCACUUAAAGCGUGGAAGCUGGAGCAGGAGCGGCUGAUGGAGGAGGAGCUCUAUAAGAAGGUAAAGAAGGAGAAAGGAGGGAAAUCCUCAGCUAAAGCUGAACAAGAGUCCGCCAGGGGCAGCCGGAGAGACCUGAUCAACACCCCGAAACCUACUGACACCAAAACACCCGAACCCACCAGACCACCCACACACGCCGCAGAGACCACCCCCACACCCAGAGACAGCACGCCUGUGUUUAUGGGGUACCGUAUGGGUGGUGAGCUGCUGCUGGUUAAAGGCGAGACUCAGUGUUUUUAUCCAUCAGACGGAGGAAUCAUCAGUGUGGAUAAAGUUCAGUUUGUGCAAGGGUCAACCCAGUUAACAGUGUGUGUGAGAAAAGAUGACCACUGCUUCUACACACACGUCUACACACAGAGACAGAACAACAACAUGCUAGGUGACAUGGAGAGAUGUGGCAGUUUUUAUGCUGUUUUAAACAACGGCAUCCAGCUUUCAUACAGCAAACUGCCACUGACCUCACCAAGUGACGCUAGCAUUGACCCCGCCCCCACAGAACCCGAGUGUGGAGCAGGUGCUCCUGUGGGUCUGCAGGUCUCCCUGCCCUCCGGCCUCCAGCUCAGCUUCCAGUACCAGAACACAGCAGACGGUUGGUCUGUGUGUGUUAGACAGCAGGUCUUCUCCGAAGGAAACACUCACUCUCCUCUGGAACACACACACACCGAGCUGUCCCGGAUCAUCACCUGCCAGGGCACAGUCAUAAAGCACCGCAGAGACGGCUCUACUGAGGUGCUGUUUGCAGAUGGUACGGUCAGUAGCACUCCAGACUCUGGGCCUGUGUGUGUAUUGGUCCCCAGCAGUCCAGUGCUGGAGAAGGAGCCUGUUAAAGACACACCAACCGAGAACAAGGAAGUCAAAGACAAGAAGGGAAGGCUGGUGUCUAAGCCAGUAGUGGGGGAGGUGCUGGAGCCACUGAGGGAGGACUCUAAAGGGGGUCCAGAGUGCAAUGAGGUACCAGAGGUGACGGGUGGAUCCUGGACCACGACCACCCCCUCUGGCUUCAGAGUGAUGACUGUCAGGGGCAAGAGGGUGGAGGCUCCGCCCGUUCAGACCUUCCAUGCUACUGACCCCUUCAGCAAGAGUGUGAUGAUCACUAGGGAAGACCGGGUUCUGUCUGUGCUGGAGACUGACGGGACCUCUACAGUGAACCAUGCUGAUGGAACCAGAAUUACCACCUUCUACCAGCAGAGUGAGCCACCGCAGCAGCACAGCUUAGGUGCUGGGGGCAGUAGUGAGGGCAGCAGGGUGAAGCUGGUGAGGGUGGAGAGCGAUGGGUACGCUACAGUAACGCUGAACUGCAGCAGUCAAAGCUGUGAGGUUCUCCUCGGAGAUGGAACCGUAAUCAGUGCCAACACUAACGGAGAAUACACGGUUCGUGCUUGUAGGGGUGGUGUUCUCCAUGUUGGGGGGGACGGCGUGGCUGUGUACAGCUCUGACUCGUGUAAAACAGGACCUGAGGGAGACCAGUUGGGUCAGUAUGUGAUGAGUCACUGUGCUCUGUCAAGUGUGCUCUGUCAAUUCACUGACUCAGACAGAACACACUACCAGGUCACUGCGGACGGCCAGGUCUCCGUUAUUAACCCUACAGCUACAUCACCAAACACAGGGGUGGAACUUCAGCACAGUGAUGGCUUUCAGACUCAUCCACCACGGUUGUUUAUGGUGGGUUCUGACGGUUCUGCGGUGGAGGUUCUCUGUGCAAAGGUGGUGGAGGAAAGUCUGAGUGAAGCGUUUUCUGAUCCUUCAGUUGCAGUGAUUAGAGACCCGCUACCAAAUACACACGUAGACGUGUUUGGAAUGACAAUCCUGAAGCCUUUCUCUGGAGACAUCCACUCCUGCUGGCUCUCACCCAAAAACCAGGAUGACAUCAUCCCUGCCAACCUUAAAAACCGGCCAUGGGACACUUUCCCAUCCUCUGAGAAGAAGACUGCAGGUCCUCCAUUUGGAGCUGUGCUGGGUCGAGGUUUGGAGAUUACAAGGAAAGAGAAACCAAGUCCUGGUCCAGCAGCACCAGUUCUCCAUUGCCCAGAUACUCUGCUGAUCCGCCAGCUAACCCAGUAUCCCCCAGUCUCAGAGCAGCAGUGGGAAAAACUGCAGGAGAAACUGCUGGUGUAUAUAGAGCAGCUGCUGCAGAGAGAGAAGCUGAGGGAUGAGAUGAAGCUGAAAGAUCCUCGGACGGUGGAGGACAAACUGCACCACACUGACCUCCUGCAGCUGCUACUGUCUCUGCCUGACUUUGAGCAUCAGCCGGUCACCAUGGAGACACACCCUCGGCCCGCUGAUGCCGCCUCUCUGUACGCUCAGACUGUGAUGGCGUCUCAGUCUCCAAUCAAUGACCAGCGCCCUAAUAAAAGAACAGAUAGGGCUGAGAGAAAGAAGCAGGACUCUCUGUGGGGAGAAAGGCUAAACCAGAACAGGUUAAAUCUACAGGAGGAGCAGAGGCACCUUCAUUCACUCCGACACCACGUCAUCACACCAUACUUCCACCCCGAGCUGCAGGAGACGCUCCACUACAUGCAGCAGGAGCUGGACCUGAUGCCUCCGUCUCCGGAUCUCCCUCCGUUCCCCAUCAGGAGAAACUCUGAAGCUCGGACCAGUUCAGACUCCGCCUCCUACUGAAACAGCUCAGCUUCACCGUGUAGCAUCAGCAUUUUACCUUUACUGUACUAAUACUAAUGCUGUCUUUAUCAAUAUUCUGAUAUAUUAUAAUAAGCAGCACUAAAUCACUGUGCAGUAUUUCCUACUUUACUUACCUGACAUCAGUUUAUUUCUUAAUUUAGAGGCACACUUAAUACAUAUUUUAUUAGAUAAAUACUUUUUAAUGAGGUUUUGAUGAAUAGAUUGUUUCAGUAUAUGAAUAAAUAAAAACACACAUAAAUAUGCUUAAAACCUUGAUGUGUAUCAGUGUAUAUAUAACUUACAUAGUAUAUAUAUAUAUACUAUAUAUUAUUAUUAUGAAACAAAGACAAAACAAACAACCAGCAAAAGC